AUGAUCAGCAUAAUAUUGAUUUAUUAUUGGAGUGCUCAAUAUGUAGAUAAUAAUUUAGUCAGCCAGUUACUCUAACAUGUGGGCAUACCUAUUGUUUUGAUUGCAUGUAUAGGUCAUUAUGUACAAUGCCUUGUUGCCCAUAAUGCAGGUUUUUGUAGUAAUUUACAAUUUAGAUCUUACAUAUAAACUACCCCUAAUAGUUUUAAAGUAAGCGUAAUAAUUCACGAAAUAAUAAAAAUGUAAAAUCGCUCUCCAGAACAGGAUGAAUAAAAAUAAUAAUAAGUCGACUCAGCCAAUCAUAUUCUUCUUAAAACAAAGCAAGAUCUAUUUCCAUAUGCAUUUUUGAAACUACAAAUAUUUAAAAUACCUGAUAGCAAUUUGUCUUGUAAUGAUUAUUUUGGUUGUUUCAAUAAUGCAGAAGUAUAUUUACAAAAUGAAAUUUAAAAAGCAUAAUUUAAGGCAAGAAUUGAUCGAGUUUCAAUAAUCAAUAAUAAUAUAUACAUAUACGCAUUUAUUUAGGAAAAAGUGCAAAAUUUGUAAACAACACAUCAAGCGUUUAUUAUUGAUAGCAUUGAUCAAUUUGGAAGUAAAGAAAAAAAGGAAAUAAUACUUCCUGUUUGCUAAGGGAAAGUAGAAAUUGAGGAUACUUUGAUACUUGAAGAUGAUUAAAUUGAGAUGAAUGAAAUCAGACAUAGAGUUAAAAUUAAAAUUGAAAAACUCUUUAAUAAACAAUUUAAUUUAGAUUCUAUUGAAUAGGAAGUUUACUAAAAGCUACAAUAAUGUGGUUUGUUUGAGUAUUUGUAAGAAUGUGAUCCAAAAAAUCUAAUGAAAUUAUCUUAUUGCUUGCCAACAAUGCUGUCGAUUUCAAAUCAUCAAAAACAUCAAAUAAUAUCUUAGACUGCCCUAAAAAGAUUAAAACUGGCAGAAUAACAUCUUAAUAAAUUAGUCCCCUUUAGACAUGGUGGGAUAAUAUUUGUAGUUCCAAAUGAUCAUCCUAAGCCUCCAUUCACUUAAUUAAUAGUCGUCAUCAUUUUUAUAAUUCUUUAUUUUAUAUUUAUCAAUUGA